AUGGCAUGGAGGGAGCAGUUGAAAAGAGAAGAGCGGUUGGAAUAUUGGGGGAAAAAAUGGGUAGAGACUUGGGCUGUCUCAAAUUUGGGGAAAGAAAUGGCUAUGGAAUACGAUCAACAAGAAGAAAGCAUUAUGCAACCACCGACCGUCCACCAACCAAGUAUGCUGUGUGAAUCAUCUGCAAAUUCUUCACAAGGACUUUACACUCCUCAGGUUAAGAAUGACCUUAUACCGAAAAUUAACCAAGAGUUUGACAAUUUAGAGAAAGCUAAGGUAUUUUACAACCGUUAUGCUAAAGAAGGUGGUUUUAGUACCCGAUCACAUUCUAGUAGAAAGAGUACAGCCGAUGUAAAUGUAAUCGUUAGGAAGGAGUUUUGUUGUUUCAAACAAGGGUUGAAGGUUCAAAAAAGUACUCCAAACAAACGGCGUCGAGGGAUAACUAGAGAGAAUUGUCGUGCAAAAUUGGCCGUUGUGAGGAAGGGUGAAAAAUAUGUUGUGUCCCAAUUUUUCGAAGGUCAUAAUCACCCACUUGCGUCUCUGAGGAGGGCACAUUUGCUUCCAUCCCAUCGUAAGGUGUCAGCUGCCAAAAAAGCUUUAAUAGAACAACUGUCAGCAGCAAAUGUGCCAACUUGUCAACAAAUGACUAUAUUUGAGUUGGAAUCGGGAGGUCUUGAAAAUGUUGGUUGCUCACAACAAGAUUUGUAUAAUUAUAAAAGGGAUAAGAAGAUGACGGUCAACGGACAUGACGCCGAUAUGCUGUACGAGUAUUUUCAAUCUGAAAAAGCAAAGAAUGACGGUUUUACUUUUACAAUUGAGAAAGAUAAUGAGGAUAGGAUGACACAUUGUUUUUGGGCGGAUGCAACCGCUAGAAAGUCGUACCAAUAUUUUGGGGACGUCGUGGUGUUUGAUACUACGUAUAACACAAACCGUUAUUCUAUGAUUUUCGCACCUAUUUUAGGGGUUAAUCACCAUAGACAGACUACUCUUUUUGGAUGUGCCUUCUUAUGCGAUGAAACAGUCGAGACUUUUGAAUGGCUUUUGAAGGAAUGGUUGAAAGUAAUGCCCGCAGGCCCUCCCAAAAUGAUCAUAACUGAUCAGGAUCUUGCAAUGGCAAAAGCAAUUAGUAUUGUUCUUCCGAAUACGCUUCACAGGUAUUGCAUGUGGCACAUUACGAAUAAGUUUUCCGAACGAAUAAGUGCAUUGGCCUACAAAUAA